AUGCAAAUUAUUCGCGUCCUCCUGUUUAGCCUCCUCAUAGCAGCGUCGUCGCCCACGAGCAGCAGCAAGAGCCCCCAUAGCAACCCCCAGAAGGACAAGCCAAAAGGAAAAAACGGUAAUGGCAGGGAGGUGACCACCCCCGCGGAGGAAACCAACCAUAGUAGUGACAUCCAGAGAGGUGAAAACGAAGAAGAAGGAGGAGAAAAAUUAAAAAGAGUGACCCAUGGAGGAGACGAAGAAGGGGAAGACUCGUUAGGCCAAUCGGACGAGUUAGACGAUGAUACAAAGGAGCCCCCCCGCGGAGGGACUGACAAAGGCGGGGACCGAAUUAGCGGCGGCAACAGCAUCGACGGGAGCAGCAUCGGCGGCAGCAGCGGAAGCAGUAACGAUGAACGUCGAAGCGAAAACAACAGGGAGGGCACUUCCAAUGGACGAAGCGUCUUCGGAACCUUGCUCAGUUUUAUAAACGGAGGUAACUUUGGUGACGACAUGAACGUAAAGCAGGUGCCCUUCCAUCCGCAAGAAGGCAACUUUAAGGAUGAAACAUCCCAUGAGGAGAAACUAACUAGCCAAUUUUUGAACACGCUGAAGAACAGCGAAAUGAAUCACACAGUUGGGGAUAACAUACCCAUUAGAAGGAAGGACAAAGAGAAGCAGUGUAUCUACAGUUAUGCACUAUUUGGUCAAGGGGCGAAGAGGAAAACGAUACUGGAUAGGUCGUUGGAGGAGGAAGACAACUUUGAGGAGAGUGCCGCCGUGGAAGGAGAAAACCCUCCAUUUGGAGAUCGUCAUCAGGGGGAGGACCCACAAGAAGGGAUAGAGGCGGAAAAGGUUGAUAAAGGCGACCAGUUGGGAGAUGACACUGGAGAUCACCCUAUGGAGGAGGUCGAAGGUGAGGGCACGCGCGAUUUUUUGAACUUUGAGAAGGAAUUCAUGAAAAGGGAAGAGCAGGAGGAAGGAGGAGGAGCAACAGGAGCAACAGCAGGAGCAGCAGGAGGGGGAGAAGCAGGACGAGAGGCGACGGAGCAGGUUGGGGAGAGGGAAGCCAACGUGUCAAGUCACAACCGAAGCGGUGCGAAGGGAAAGGCGGACGAUGGCACCGCGGGGAGGAGGGAAGGAAAGAAAAAGGACCCAAACGAUAAGGAGCAGAAAGGGAAGGAGAGGAACUGGCCAGCCCAGGCCGGCGAAGUUCACCGGGCUCAUGUGGACACCCAUGCUGAUGACACAACUGAUGAUGUUUACCCGCUGGGGAGCGCCCCCCCGGGGGAGACGGACGAGCAGGACGCAUUGCUCAUCAACAAGCCGGAAGCAAUAAAGUACUUCUUCGAGGUGCUGACGGAAGUAUGCGCGAUUAUCAGGUUGGGGGUGAUUCACCGCUUCACCCACGUUGUGAUUCCCAUAAAGAAUAUCAUCGUGUCGAAGACGCUGCGUCAAAUUGAAGUGGUCCUAAUGACCAUGUUAUCUGUGCACAGACUGGCUAGCCACAAAUACAGGGACACGUACGGACUCAGCAUCAUCGCACUCUUGGUGUACCUAAUGAUAUACCUCAUAAAAAGGUACAUAUACGGGGGGGGAAAAAAAAGGAGAGAAGAGCAUUCCUCGAGUAAGGCAGACGAUGUGUAUGUAGUGAAUCUGUUAAGAAGAAUCUUAUCCUUGGUGGAGACAAGAAAGACAAUGAGCAACUCGGAAGAAGGGUUUCUUCACGAUGUCCUCUACAACACGGAGACCUUACUAGCCACCACCAACAUCACGAACAAGGAAAACAAACAGAUCUACACAGACAUCAUAGCCAGUAUUAAUAACCUUGGAAUAUUUACGUACGUUUCAACUCAGGCUUUAAAAAGCAUAAACCAGAAAUCAGAUUUGUUGCUAAGUGGGUUCAGUGGAGGGAGUGCUGUCAGAGUGGGAGAGCAGGAGGGCAUACUGGACAUGGACCCUGAUAUGGACCUCGAUAUGAAUGGCUUGCAUGGAAUGGCGCUGGAUGGUCUGGCGCAAGAUGGUAUUCCGAUGGAUAGUAUUCCCUUUGAUGGUACUGCGUUGGAUGGUAGCGCGUUCAGUGGAAGUGCAAUGGGGCUUAGUUUAGGAGGGGGCAUGGGGGCUUCCUUGCGGAAAAGGGGCUUUCCCAGCGGUAUGGAGACGGGCCUACCCAACGGUAUGGAGACAGGCCUACCAAACAGUAUAGGAGCCUCCUUACGAAGUGGCAUGGGGGCUGCGCUCCCUCCCGGAGCAGGAGGGCACAUGGUAGACGAUGUCUACGACGUGAACAAUAUGCAAAACAAUUUUGGCGACGACCCCUUGUAUGGGGACAAUAGCGUGAGGAACAAGAUGCGCUACAGUCUGUUGCAGCAACAGAAUGAUAAGUUCGAGGAGGGAGACCUUCUCGCCUACAAGAAGGGCACCGACAACUACGACUUGGUUGGCCACGGGCUUGAGGCAAACGGUGGAGGUAACUUCCGAUACGGGGGGGUGGAUGCGAUGAACAGGGCGGAUGCGAUGAACAGGGCGGAUGCGAUGACCAGGGCGGAUGCGAUGACCAGGGCGGAUGCGAUGAACGCGAUGGACGCAGCGAACGCAAUGGACGCCGCCAGUACAGCCAACCUCGUCAGCGCGGCCCAUUUCUCCCACUUCGCCCCGACCCAGGAGUACCCAAAAGAGUACCCAAAACAGGGGGAGGAUUUUCCUAACGAGAACUUCAACCGCAGAAGCAGCUUUUCCCAUGUGUCCAAACCUUCCAAUCAGAUGAACGGAGACGAGGUGACUAAGGAGAAUGGUGGGAAGACCAGUCAGGGCAGACCCCGAGGAGUGGAUCCUCCCGCUCCUCCCCCUGCGAUGCGGUAUAUGUCGAGCGAGCACCUCCAGGACGGGCUGAACGGCGCGCAUAAUGGGGCCACGCAGAGUGCGCUGCAGAGUGGGCCUCAAACUGGGCUGCCAACUGGGCUGCCAACAGGGCAGCAUAGCACAGCACAAGUUGCCCCACAUAAUAUCCCCCCGCCGGUCCAACCGCCCCCCUCGAUGCCCCCUCCACCGAUUUUCCCCUUCGUCCACGACCCAAAUAACGGCCACAUGCACCCCAAAGGCGAAGUGCAUACAAAGAGCUACACCGGUCAGCUCGGCCCCCCAAAGAAAACCUCUGCCGGGUUGAACACGGGCCCUCCAGAAAAGGACGCCAACUCAGGGGACAGCGCCUUCCCCGUGCAUGGAAGCCUAAGCAUGAUGAGCAGCAUCCCCCCGGAGGAUACCCUCUCCAGUGUGAAAAAGGACGACUUGAUGACCCACGUGCCGGGCCCGCAGGCGGCCUUCUCUGAUGACCCCCCAAGUGGGGCGGCCGCCCCAUCAAAGAAGGACUCCCUCCAGAAUUACGCGCCACCCCCCGUCUCGUACAUGCCACCAGCCCACCAAGUACUGGAAAGCGCGUCCAACCGGAAUCAGAAGUACCUUACACAGAGGAAGUAA